GUUCGAUAUAAUAAAUAUAUAAAAGUUAUAAAGUAAUUAGACAAAACUUGUCAGUAAAUUAAACUCUCAAAAUGUGAUGAAAAGCACAAAAUGCUGCACCUGAUAAUUAUCUCUCACUGACGCCAAACUCCAUUCAAAUUACUGCUCAUUCCUGUUGCAAAACAACGUUCUGUGGAGUAACGGCAAGACUAACAGAUGCUGACUAAACGUUACAAAAAGUUGAUAUUUAUUAUAAAUAUGCUCUGCUUUUUAUAUAACAUGUACGCCGAAUUUAUCCGUGUCCCAUAACGAAGACGGAAAAUGAAAAAAGUAACGCUCCCGAUGGUGUUUAAUUGUGCUGCUCUGACAGAAAGUCUGUUGACGCUCUGCUGACGGAAGAAGAAGAAGAGAAAAUCCUCCGUCCCUGUCGCUCCUGCUGACGGACAGCAAAGACUUUCUAUCUGACGGUUUGACUCUUCUUCCUCCUGCUCGCUAAGUCUUGUCAGCAGGACAGAAGAAGAAGAAGGAGGAGUUUUUGCCUUUAAGUUUUCUCUUAAUAUAUAUUUAAUUCAUGACAACGGACUUAUCUAUACGUCAUGUUCAGUCUCAGAUAGAUAGGUGCGUUUCAGUCGGUCCCCGUGGCGGCCAUGUUGGGGCCAGGCCUCCGUCUUACAUCAGCACGUUGAAGUCUGUGACCACGGUGUUUUUCCCAUGACAGCUUCAGUAUCUUGAUUUCUUUUUUCUACGCUUGUUAUUCGUGUUUAUAAGGAGUUUGUGACCUCGUUUCUUCAUCGCCGACCGAUCAGCCGAUCAUGGCGGAGUCCAGCUCGGCAGCGCCUGCAGCAGCAGAUCUGCUGAUCGAACCGUCUGUCCCCGUAGAGAGCAUCUCCAAAGAACUGAUCGUAACCACGGUGACGGAGGGGUCACCCGACGUCGGAGCUGAGGUCCCGAGCAGCAACGGCGCCUCCGACAGUCCUCUUCCCGCCAAAGUCCAGAAGGAUGAGGCAGAGGAGGAGGAGGCCACGCCCACCCCGCCAGAUUCGUCCUCGCUGUCGUCUGAAAACGGGACGAUAACCGCCGUCACCACAGAAGAAGAAUCUCUGUCGGUUCUACUCAGACACAUCAAGACUGAAGGAGGAAGAAGAGAGCCAGGUCUGGACCUGGACCUGGACCUGGAGGAGAGCUCCUCCGUGGCGACGGCGGGCGGCUCAGACGACCAGCGGGAAUCCUCCGACUCAGCGUCCUUCUCAAUCCCCAGCCUGGAGCUCUCAGACGGGGUCACGGCCGCAGGAAACUCCCUGGACGUGGAGGACGGCCUGUCCUCGUCCUACUCCGCUCUGGGUGUGGAGGGCUGCUCGCCGUCCGUCGAGGUCCCGAGUCUGAAGGACGAGGAGACGCUGGGAGCUGCUGGGGGCGCUGUGGCUGCAGCUGCUCCUCCUGCUGCUGCUGCCGCCUCCACCUUUACAGCUGCUGCUGCUGCUGCUGCUCCGGAGGCCGGGCCGUCCAUGCCGGCGUACUACCUGGUGAAGUGGAUCACCUGGAAGGAGAAGAAGACUCCCAUCAUCACUCAGAGUGAGAACGGACCCUGCCCCCUGCUGGCCAUCAUGAACACGCUGUUCCUCCGCUGGAAGGCUAAACUUCCUGCUCAGACUGAAGUCGUCACCACGGAGGACCUGAUGGCUCACCUGGGAGAGUGUGUGUUGUCUGUUACACCCAGAGAGAAGGCCGAUGGGAUGGAGCUCAACUUCCAACAGAACAUGAGUGAUGCCAUGGCGGUGCUUCCCAAGCUGUCCACAGGUCUGGACGUUAACGUACGUUUCACCGGAGUGACAGACUUUGAAUACACACCUGAGUGUAUCGUGUUCGACCUGCUGGACAUCCCGCUGUACCACGGCUGGCUGGUCGACCCACAGAGUCCAGAGAUGGUGGCCUCGGUGGGGAAACUGAGUUACAACCAGCUGGUGGAGAAAAUCAUCGACUACAAACACUCAGCUGACAGCAGCCGAGUCAGUGAAGGUCUGGUGGCGGAGCAGUUCCUGGAGUCGACGGCGACCCAGCUGUCGUAUCACGGUCUGUGUGAACUCAACACGACGGCCAAAGAGGGAGAAAUCUCUGUGUUCUUCAGAAACAACCACUUCAGUACCAUGAUCAAACACAAGGGUCACCUGUACCUGUUGGUGACCGAUCAGGGCUUCCUUCAGGAGGAGGGUCUGGUCUGGGAGUCUCUUCAUAACGUCGAGGGAGACGGAAACUUCUGCGACUCCGACUUCAGACUGUGUCAUCCUCCUCAGAGAGCUCCGCCCACCACCAACCUGCCGCCCAGCGCCCAGGAGCAGCAGAGACAGAUAGACCAGGUGAGACAGGACUACCUGGUGGCGGUGUCCCUGCAGCAGCAGCAGGGCGGGGCCCCGGGGCCCCUCAGUGACCUGGAGUUGGCCCGACAGCUCCAACAGGAGGAAUACCAGCAACAGCAGCAACUCCAGCAACAGCAGCAACAACAGCAGCAACAGCAGCAACCAGGAUCAGUGCCGGCAGCGCAGCAGGUCAGAGGUCAGGGGUCACAGCAGGGCGGAGCCAGGAGAAGAGAGAAGGACUCAGACUGUGUUGUCCUAUAGACUCUUCAUCAUCAUCUACCAACCCCGAGUCGAGGAGGUCACACUCACGUGCACACACACACGCACACGCACACACACACACACACACACACACACACACACACACACACACACACACAC